AUGCUGUUUGUACUGUUUUUCCUUUACACUAUUGUAGAUGAAAUUUCAUCGGCUUUCGCUUCUUCAUCAUCCUCAUCUACUUCAUCAUUGUCAUCGUUAUCAAAUAAUAAUCGUAAUCAUCAUAAUAAUAAUUUAAUAUUAGCUGCUGGAUCAGCAUGUCCAUCAAAUCCUGGAAUUGCAUGUAGUCAUGAUUAUUUAUCAGUCGAUGCUCGUAUCUCUAAUGUUUAUGAUGGUACAAUUAGCAAUAUACCAAUAAUUCGUUUUUGUUUAAUCAAUAGUUCCACAUUGAAAACAAUCGCUACAAAGACAAAAACAAAAUUAACAGAAAUACAAAUGACCAAUUCAUCAUCAUUAUCUUCUUCUUCUUCUUCUUCAUCUUCAAUCUCCUCUGGAUCAUUUUCAUUUAAUUCAAUAGAUUAUAAUAAAUUAUAUCCACCAGAUGAAUCAUAUUUAGUUGGGCAAAUUUAUGGUCCAAUCAGUAAUGUAUACGGUUUACAGUUUACAUCAAAUUUGAAUUUAUUAGAUCCAUAUAUUAUUCAUGGAAAAGGCAUAGUGUUAGAAUAUAUUGCUGAUGAACUUGCCACAUUUGUUGCACAGAUCACUAGAAAUUUACAAGAAAUUGAAAAAAACACGAAAUUAUCCUUGAAUAGUAAUCAAUCGAAUAUGAACAACAGCAAUGAUAUGAUGUUGAAGACUUCGACAUCUAUCGACCAAUCACAAUUAAAUACUACACAUUCAUCAUUGUAUUUGAAAGCCGCCAAUAAUAAUGAUCAAGUGACGCAUCUUUCAUCAGGUAAUUAA